UCUUCUCCGAGCAGCGACCUCCCAAACCCCAGCCACUUCGCCGCCGCAGCCGCCGCAGCAGCAGCCGCCUCUCGCCGGCGUUGACCGCCGCCGCCGCAGCCAUCAUGGACCCGCGAUUCCCGCCGCCGGCGCCGUCCGGGGGAGCGCCGCCGAGGGGGCACCACCGGCGGGCGCACUCGGAGACGUUCAUCCGGCUGCCCGAUGCCGACCUGCUGCUCGACCCGGACGGCGAGUUCGGAUUCUCCGACCUCGACUUCCCUUCCCUCUCCGACGACUCCCCCGCGGCGUCCGACCCGACCCCGCCUCCUCCCCCGCCGGCGCUGCCGCAGGCGGCGCCGCGGCCGCCUGGGGGUGCACACCUGAGGAGCCUCUCCCUCGACGCCGCGUUCUUCGAUGGCCUCGCGUUCCAGGGAGGAGGAGGGGGUGGUGGUGCUGGGAGUGGGAGUAGCGGCGGUGGGGCUGGGCAUAAGAGGAGCGGGUCGAUGGAUGGGGAGAGCUCGCUGUUCGAGGGCGAGUCCGCGCCGCCCGACUACGCCAAGAAGGCCAUGCCCGCCGAUAGGCUCGCCGAGCUCGCGCUCCUCGACCCCAAGCGCGCGAAGAGGAUUCUGGCGAACAGGCAAUCGGCGGCGAGGUCGAAGGAGAGGAAGAUCAAGUACACCGGUGAGCUGGAGAGGAAGGUGCAGACGCUGCAGACAGAGGCAACCACGCUUUCAACACAGCUCACGCUGCUCCAGAGGGACACGUCUGGCCUAACUGCUGAGAACAGAGAGCUCAAACUCCGGUUGCAGUCCAUGGAAGAACAAGCUAAACUUCGAGAUGCUCUGAAUGACGCCCUACGAGAAGAAGUUCAGCGGCUUAAGAUAGCGGCAGGCCAAGUUCCAAACAUGAACGGAAACUCCUUCAAUGGAGGACUCCAGCAGCAGCAGCAGCAGCAGAUGCCGACCUAUUUCUCGCAGCAGCAGCAGAUGCACUACUUAAGUGGCCACCAGGGACGUCAUCACCACCCAAAUAAUCCCCAUAACUCUUUGAACGGAGGCCAAUCGAUGAGCGGCCAGACCCUAAAUGACUCCAUGGAUUUCAUGUGAGCAGGACUCAAGCACACCUCAAGUUGCACGCUAACUGCAACUCAUGUACUGUAAAGAUAGCUGAUGUAUACCAUAUGCAUAUAUGAAUCAUUCGUAGGGUAGCUAGCUGAUCUUUGUACCAUUACUGAAAAUGCAAUUCAUCCUCCUGUUCAAUCAUCUGUUAAUGCCUUAGUCUGAAGGUUGAAAGAACUGUGUUUAACAUGUUUGCGACGGUUGUUUUGUAAAGAUGUUGUUAUAGUGAAUGGAAUGGGUUCUGAUUGAAACUCU